CGGGUUAUGUCCCUCACGCGCCGCCGUAGCUGCAGCACUUCCUCAUGACUACAUUCUUGUGAUCGGCGGUGUUCCAUGGAAAGGAGAAAAUCUGUGUGGGAGUAAGACAAAUCAAACAAGCAAGACGCAAGUGACAAACAAUCAGAAGCUGACUUGACUCUUCACACAUGAUAUUGAGGAGUGCAGCUGGAAUGUUGGCUUCAUGACUGAUUGUAAAGGAGAGUAGAGGAAGAGGAGGAGUGAACGUAUCAAAGGAGCAUCAGUAGCAGGGUGGGGCUGGGUGAGGGGCCAGUCCUACUCCUCACUUGUCCUGUGUGGUUUAUAGGGCAGGGAAGGGGUGCUGAUCCUCAAUCUGCCUUCAUCAAUGGCUGCCCAGCCUUCCCCAGAUUUAAAGUGGUGCAAUUUUUUUUUCCUGUAUGAUGGAUCAAAGGUUAAAGGUGAAGGAGAUCUCACCAGAGCUGGAAUUUGCUAUUUCUACCCACCACAGACACUUCUUGAUUAUCAGGAGGUGCUAUGUAGCCAAAUUGCUGGCGUCAUCCAGUGUGUCUCUGACUUGUCUGGCUCUCCACCUCGGCUCAUCAAAUUGCGCAAGAUGAAAUUUGCUAUUCAACUUGAUGGAACCUUCUUGUGGGUGCUGGGGUGUGCAGUCGAGCUUCCUGACAUCAGCUGUACUCGUUUCCUGAAGCAGCUGAUGGGACUGUUCCGCUUUUAUCAUGGCACCUUGCAGAGGACCUACCAGGUCAGUUCACCAGAGGAGCUCUCAAGCAGCUGGGAGCGCUAUGUGGAACACAUUCAGAGUAAUACCAAUGAUCUCCAGCAUGUGUUUGGUGCCCUUCGAACUGUGGAUCGAAACAAGGUGGAACCACUUCUGCUCCUUAAAGCUGCCCUAAUUCUGCAAGCCUGUCAGCGGUGUCCUCUAGUAACAGCUGGGUGUAUAUUGUACAAGGGACGGGUUGUCAGCUCGCAACUUCCCCCAGACAUCGCAGCCAGGAUCCUGGUUCCAAGCACUGCAAAUUGCAGCAAGGUCACCGAGGAUGACGUACGAACAGAAGAAUCCGAGUUUGUGGGUGUCAGUACACUACCUGUAUUCCUAACUUCAAUAGAAACUAUAGAGCUUGAGCAACACCCUGUAAACCACUGGAACAGGACGUCACCUUCUUUACUUCAAAGAUCUGGAAUGGGGAGAUUACGUCUUUCCAGAACAUUAUCUGACACUGCUGCCUCAGAUGAUUCCAUCAGGCAAGGUGAUCAACUACCAAGAGCUCAAAGUCUUUUUGAAAGUAACUUGGUGGCAUCCUCUGCUGGUCUUACUUUCUUGGAGCAGGUAGAGUCUUCCACUGAAAUGGACUACCUGACCUUUUCCAGCUCCAGUCCCAGUACACCCCAUAAAAGCAAUGAAUUUAAAGCUGGCAUGUCUGUUGACCACAUUAUGCCCACCCAAGAUGAUGAAGAAUCAACUUGGCCACCUUCUCUUGGACUGGAGACAGAUAGGGCCAGUGAAUCAGAAGGAAGGAAGUUUGACAGUCCCAAAGAAAUUUGUGAUGUGAGCACAGAGAAUAUGGAAAAUAAUACAUUCCUUAAGGGCCCACAGGUGACAGUGAAACCUGGAUGGGAUUAUCAAAAACAGUCCAUCAAUCCAAAUCACUUUCAUGAUUCCAAAGACAAUGACAGUACUCUUGAUACAAUCAUGAAAAUGCAUGCAGGUGAUCUGGAGGAGAAGAAGCUGACUGAGAGUGACAUAAUGGAAGAUGAGCUGCCAGAGAAGGUCUGCAAUAAGCACUCAGGGGCAAAGGAGCAUUCCCAAGAAACAGAGUCAUGCAAAGCAGACAGUAAGCUUCUGGAUUUGGGGGACACAGGACCCACUGUUGCCAAUGUAUUGGAGCUUGUUGAGAAGCAGCCUAAUUGCAGUGCAGAAACCAGAGUAGACAACAUCAUAUUAGUUUCCAAAAACUUAAUAGCAGAAGAGGACGGCGAGUACAGAGAAGAGGAACAGGACAGCACAGGAUGCAUUUGGACUACAGCUGAAGGGGAGAGUUAUGAUUCCCAUGACAACUUAGUAGAGAUGCGGCUUUAUCUGCAUUGUGUGAAGGAACUAACCUUAUGCCUGCUGGUCAGGUGUGAGUUCAUAGAAGAUAGAGAAGCCAUGGAAAAAGUGUACCACAGCAGCCUUGCUUCUCUGAAUGGACUGGAGGUGCACCUGCGGGAGAUGACUUCAGGGGAGCAGCCUCAUGCAAAGGGUAGCUACACAUUUGCUCACUAUGACUGCAUUCAGGACACACUCACCACAAAUUUGUCCCUGGCUGGUGCAACACGCCUACAGCAUACUUUUGUGCGGGCAGCUGCUCUGCUCCACAGUGAUUUCACAUGUAACACAUCCCUGCAUGAGACUAUUGUGAGAAAUGCCUCAACUGCUGUCUAUGGCAUUCAAAACGCCACACAAGAGACUUUCUUUCAACAGUUGAUGGCACCCCAGAAGAAUUCUGGCAUCCCUAAUCCUCAAGACAGUGCUUUCUCUCUCCCCGGUAAAGCUAAACAGAAGUUGCUAAAACAUGGUGUUAAUCUAUUAUAAAGGAAAUAAAGCAGGAAAAGUCUUGCAGUGAGACAUAAAGACACCUGCUUCUCUCAGUGAUUUUCUAAUGGGACAUGGAAGGCAGUGGAAUAAAUCCAUCUGAACAGGAAAACACAGUGGAAGACAUUUACUAUUCAAGACUCAGUACAUUUUUUGUUGCCAUUUUGUAGUAGCUUAUUCAGCUUGAUUUUGUUUCUUCACAAAUAAAGUAAGCUUUGACACAAGCCUAUUUUUGGUGAACAUGGAAAAAGCUUUUCACAACAAAUAUACAAUUGUCAACAAACGCAUCACUCUUCAGUUUUAGUAGUCCUUUUAUAUUAAAAAUGGCUCUGCAGAGUGUUCAAUGUUGAAUACCUUAGAGACUAGGGACAAAAAUAUCCAUUUGAGAAACAGUCCCUAAUGACAAUUGUGAGAAAAUGGAGAGACUGAUCUUAAGUGAGUUUCCUCAUUCCAGUUUGCUCAGAAAGGUCUAUUCUUCCACUUUGUAGCAAGUUUGCCAAAUAAAAUCUAUAUAAAGAUCGAAGGGGUAUAUAUUUGCUAUUAAAGGUUCUUUUAGUUAUAAAAUAUACUUUAAAAUUAUUUUUUCUAAAAGAAUAGUACCGAGUAUUCAUGUGUGUUUUAUAGUUUGACUUGAUGUACAAUGUAUGCUCCAUGCUAUGCUAGGAUUCUGAUUGCCACUGAUCAAGGUAAAUUUAGUUGGCUUUAAAUUGAAUAAAAAUGAAUAACAGUUAUAAGCAGUGUUAACACUGUGCAUACAUAGUACAGAUGUUUAGUUGAACAAUAUUGUACAACACGGAAAAAGUUGUACAGUAGU